AUGGGUCACGAAGACGCCGUCUACCUCGCCAAGCUCGCUGAGCAGGCCGAGCGCUAUGAAGAGAUGGUCGAGAACAUGAAGGUCGUUGCCUCGGCCGACGUUGAGCUCACCGUUGAGGAGCGCAACCUCCUGUCUGUUGCCUACAAGAACGUCAUUGGUGCCCGCCGUGCGUCCUGGAGAAUCGUCACCUCGAUCGAGCAGAAGGAGGAGUCCAAGGGCAACGAGGGCCAGGUCACUCUUAUCAAGGAGUACCGCCAGAAGAUCGAGGCCGAGCUUGCCAAGAUCUGUGACGACAUCCUUGAGGUCCUCGACGAGCACCUUAUCAAGUCCGCCCAGAGCGGCGAGUCCAAGGUCUUCUACCACAAGAUGAAGGGUGACUACCACCGUUACCUCGCCGAGUUCGCCAUUGGCGACCGUCGCAAGGGUGCUGCCGAUGCCUCCCUCGAGGCCUACAAGGCCGCCACUGAGGUCGCGUCUACCGAGCUCGCUCCCACCCACCCCAUCCGUCUCGGUCUCGCCUUGAACUUCUCCGUCUUCUACUACGAGAUCCUGAACUCCCCCCGACCAGGCUUGCCACCUGGCCAAGCUCGCCUUUGA